UUCGGUUAUUAUGCGGGUUUAAUAUCUGUCUUCAUUUCUUGUUCGUAUGGUCGAAAUAGUUUGAAAGACGUAGAAAAAGGUAAUAAAAGUGGGCAUCCCCGCAGCAUCCGCGGGUAGGGAUGGAGAGACGCGGGUGGCUCUCUCCGCGUCGGUCGAUUCGUCGUAGCGAAAGGGUGAGGGCGUCCGUGUCGAGGAUACCGAGAAAACAGGAGUACGAAGAGUGCACGUUGGCCAGUAACGACGAGUCGGAAGACGCAAAGCGUCGCUUACAGGCGUCGCCCUGGGCGCCGCUGCCUGAGAACAGAUGGAGCCGACUCGCGUACCCCGUGGCCCCGGUCCGCGUCUCGUCUUCCUCUUCGUCACGCUUGUGCUGACCUUUGCAGCGACGGGGCUUCUAUGCGGUGCGAUUAUGUCGGAUCAUUGGGAAGAAAUCAGCUGGAACAGGGAAGAUCUGAAUCACGCAAAUGUCAGCCUCGAGUGGUACUUGGACGGUCAAGUAGCAAUGUUAAAGUCGUCUUCCGUCAAUCGUCAAGCUAAUCGUCACAGGAGUCCGUCCUUUCUAGUUCCGAUGCACGGCGGAAUUUGGAUCAUGUGUGUCUCAUUGUCAGAGGAAGAGAUAAAUCUGCUGGAUCAGUUGGGUUUUCCACAGCGGAGAUGUAUCAAUCACUUGACACCGGACGAGACGCACGAAGACACACGUGUGGCUUGGCAAAAUCGGAUGCAGAAUCUAAGUAUUUCGUGUUCUCUGGUAUGCCUGAUCAUUUUGGGAUGUGCUGCGCUAAUAGGUUUUUUUGGACUAUGCAGGCACCAGAUAUCGGCUGUGCUUGUGACUGGAGUGAUGUAUCUCCUUGCGGCUACGUUUGCGUUGUUCACGCUGACGAUCAUUCACUUCAAGAGAGUGCAGGACCGUGGUGCGAAACCGAUAGCGGAUGUGCCCGAAGACGGUGUGAUCGGCACGCCAGUUGUCCGCGGCGUUCUCAAAGCCAGAAGAUUCGCUACCGCGUGGAGCAUGGAUCUGGGAUGGGGUGGAGUCACUCUUUGCGCACUCGCAUCGGUUGCCUGGAUCCUUCUCAGCAAGAUUAUGCGUUUCAGCCCGAUCGCCGCUAUGAUAGCGUAGCAGUGGGACGCCUUCGAGGUUUAAGGUCAUUUCUGAUAGUUUAAAACAUUUCUGCGAUCCUUUCAGAUAAAAACACUUUGACAAACUUUCCAAUUUACGUAUCUAGUUUGAUUCUUUUUCUUCUUUCAAACAAGCAGUUUAGAAAAAAAUCUCAAAUAUUUUUGUUUUUUCAUUAGUGUUUCAGAAAACAUAAUAAAUUUCUCCGAUGAUAUUUUUAUAUCCAGAGAUCAAAGUUCCUCUCUUUCAAUUUCACCUUAAAAAGGAUCGCAAAUAUUGAACUAUUGGAUAUGAUACUACUGCAGAAAGUUGCAUCCAGAAAUGACCAACUCGAAGGCGAAUUACGUGCCUAUUUUUAUAUCAUUUGUCUCAUUUUGCAGAACUGUUUGCUAUUGUGCGAUUAAAGAAAAAAAAAAUAGCAGUUAUUUAUCGAAGAUAUAAGACAAAGCGAUUCUGACGAAGACGUACAAUUUUUCAUAAUCUAACAAUUCUAACGUUUUAUCUCGACGCUUUAUAGAAAACGCCAGUUUAAUGAUUUCAAUGUGCAGUAUAUUGCACGCCAACAAUGAUAGCGAGUAUUAUAAUACUUUGAUAUUUGUAGUUGCCUAAUUUGUAAUCAGAAACGCCUUACGAUUAGAGUGAUAAGCAUAUAUUUAUAAAGCAUUAAGAUACUAGUUGUACGUAUACACACAGAGAAUCAGAUAUAUAAAGUGUGACACAUUAAUUUCUUUUGGAAAGAGGUGAGAAUGCAUGAGCAGGCUAAACUUUUCUCCUUGGAAAAUUGCGAUCUCUUUGUUUCAAAUAUUUUUUUUUUCUUCUAAGAAUCUGUACUUUUUUUCAAGAUAUUGAUUGUGUCACGCUUUAAACGCCUUAACUUGUGUAACGCGUAAAAUUCUUUUGUGCGAUGAGGAGGCUUGCUUGUAAUAGCGACUCAUAGACGAGAUAACUACGCACGGUAUGUGUCCUGCAUGGAAGGAUCGCGCAGGCUGCAUUUCGUCCAUUAAAACUUAAGGAAGAACUUCCGGUACUCAUGUUACCGGGCGCUUUUGAAACGCCACGUUUUUAUAACAACGUAUUCUUAAUUGCCAUAUUUUUUAUGCAAUCUUUGUUAUUUGUUAUAUUGAUGAGCACAAAUAAAGAAUUACAACAAAUCGCUGAUUGAAACCUCUAUUCAAGAUCCGUUAUUUUAGCAAGAUGCAUAACUUAGUUCGUAUUCGAGUUAUUUGAAACUCGUAAAUUAAUUUGCUUAAGUACAUUGACAAUCUUGAUAAGUUGAAUAAGUACUUAAUUAUUCCCGCGCACGCUUAUUUAAUUGAUAUGACGUAUAACCUAACCUAGCUUUCAAACUGUCGCUUUCAACAGUCCAUUGUUCUUUUUAUUGCAACAAUCCCGAUAAUUUUAAUCAUUACUUUUACGCUUCGCAAAUAAAAAAACUCGCCAGAAGUCUGGUUUAAACCGACAAAAAAGUCCAUUUUCCACACAAUUAUCGAUGUUGGCGCGCGCGCGC